GUCGACGUAUCUUGUUAUUUAGUGAACAAGUCAACAUAAUUAUUGCGUCAUAUCGUGUUAUAACUCACAGGUCGACACGACUACACGAUCACUACGACUUGAAUUUGCGUGUCUAUCUGGUAACGCUUCAGUUAAAAGUGUGUUGAUUUUUUGUUGGCUGUCACUCGUGUCGGAAAGUUUUAUCAUUCUAACUUCCUGGUAGCAAGGGUUACAUGGGACAUCAGUUCUUCAGAUAUCCAUGGGCAAUGCGAUCAAUAUUCACUGUUUAAUUUUGUACAAAACAUGAAAUGUUUAAAAUUUGAAAGGAAAGUUUAUAAAGUGGAAUACUUUUUGAAAUUGUAAUGGCUUCAAAACACAUACGAUCAUUCAAAGACAUAGUGUUAAAUGCCUCUGAUGAGAUACAUGACUUUACCUGCUCUGUGUGUAAGGAUGACAAUCUCAACACCGAGGCCAAGUAUUUCUGUGGGAACUGCUCUAAAUAUUACUGCGACACGUGUCUGACAUUGCAUGCAAAACUCCUCAAAGAGCAUAUUGUGAUUGGCCGUAAGGAUGUGGAUAUGCGGGUGGUGCAGAGAGACGCUCUGGUAACCUGUGAACUUCACCCUUCAAAGGUCUUGGAACUGCUUUGUGAAGACCACGCUGAGCUGUGUUGUAAUCUCUGUGUAUCGUUACACCACAGGAUGUGCCGAAGCAUCAGAUUGAUAUCAGACUUAGCCAGCGGCAUACACAUGAUGGCCGACUUCAAGCAGCUUCCUGUCAAAGUAAAUAAGGUAUUGACAAGCCUUAACAAAAUGGUUGAGGAUAGCAAGAAGAACCAGAACUCGUCGCAGACUUCAAGGCAGUCUAUCCUUUCAAGGAUCAGGGACCUGAGGAAGACACUGAACCAGCUGCUAGAUGAGAUGGAGAAGAAGACAGUGGAAGCAAUGGACAGUGUCCUGGCUGACCUGGGUGGGUCAAUACAGAAGGAUAUAGACCAGUGCAAAAACCUACAUGACGAGCUAAAGGCCUUACUGGACACAAUCCAAACCCGGGGUGAAGACAACAAGUCUACCACCUACAUUGGCUUCAGGAAAACCCAGGACAAGAUGACAGUGGCCAAUAAACUUCUGAAGCAGAUAUCAACCAAAGCAGAGGUGACUGUCACAUUCCAGCCUGACAAAAAAACGAAACAACUUCUGUCUGAGAUGAAGACAAUGGGAAACAUCAGAAAAUAUCCUGGCACACAGUUUCAAAAAAAUCCGACUGACGUGCCAAUACCUAGAGUGAUCAAAAAGUCCUCUGAUAUAUCAAAAGUUUUUAAGAUACAAAGGACAACAUUAUUCAGUACAAAACUAAAGACAGAUAUAAAGCCCUGUAGUAUUACUGGUAUUACAGAACUUCCAGGAGGAGAGAUUGUUCUUGUAGACAAUAAAAACUGUAAAGUAAAGGUGCUAAACAGCAUGUACAAGGUCACAACCCACUGUGAUCUCCCAGAGUAUCCAUGGGACAUCAGCCACAUCUCAAAUAAUGAAGUGGCUGUAGCCGUACAUUUGUAA